AAUUAAUAUAGCGGCUUACAUGGGAAGGAGUUAAUGAGAUUCGAGUGUAUAUUUGGCAAAUUAAAAUUUUGUUCUCGUGUCUUGUAAGAGCCAUAUUAUUUUUGGUAAACAUUGAAUACGAGGUCGUGCCAAGCUCAACUCUUUCUCUAACCUCAAUCAAUCGACGAUCGCGGUGGUCAGCGUUGAUUAAGAGUCAUAGUUCAACCAAUUCUCUCCUUUGCGUUCCUCUCCCUCUCCAUCUGGAGGGGCCUGCAAAUCCUGAACGCCCUGGACAAUUAAAUUUCCUUUCCUGGAAACCAUUUUUGUGUCCUGAUUUCCCUGGAAAAUUAGAGUUCCUUCCCUGGAAACAUGAACCCUAUAAGGAAAUCUGCAUCUACCCCGCAUCUUCAUUUGAUUUCUGCAGGAAGAGGGACAUCAACGUCUGCUUUCAGUUCUUCCCUUUUCGAAACGAUGCGUCGUAGGGCUUUUGCCACCUCUCUUUUUGCUUUCUUGACUCUCUUUCUUUGUGUUUCUUUCUCUCUUUAUUCGUCUCGUAAUUCGAUCUACGCAACCCAACUCAUUUUUCCUUCUGCUAAUCUCUGCAAUUCCGAUUCUUCUCUUCUUGCCAUUCAAGAAGACAUAAACAGACCCACACGUCAUGUUUCUUCCUUUAAAGAUUCUAAUUUUAUUGAUUCUGUAUCUCUUUUGUUGCCGGAAUGGCAGGUUCUUGUUAUUGUCUCGCCGGAGAUAGAUUCUUCGCUGCUUUCCGGUGGCAAUUUCACCUGUCUUUAUCCUAACAACGCCACUGCUCCUGCAAGAUUCUCUGGAAUAUUGCCUUCCACGAACCAGACCACAUACAAGUGUCUUCUUCCCAGAAGCAUACGGCGUCGUUUGCCUUACUCUGUUCCGAUGUUGAUGAGAUUACCGGAGGAGGAAUUGCCUGUUCCUUUGCCGUAUUCUCCACCCAAAGAAUUGCUCAGGUGGCAAUACCUCGUCUACGAGUCUUUCUCCACGGAGGACGACGUCGUUCUCUUCGUUAAAGGCAUCAACAACCGCCAAGGAAUCAACAAGCCUUCUCAAGAAUUCAAGUGCAUGUUCGUCGACGAGGCCAGCAACACCACCGUUAAAACCGCCGUUACGAGCUCAAUACAAGAGGUUUUCAGGUGUGAUCAUCCAGAUUUAACGGCGUUUGGUUCUGGCGAAGAUCAUUAUCCAAUCAAGCUCAAAGUCUUUCUAGAAACCAUGGCCAUCGGACCUAAAAAGAUCGUUCCUUCAGUGGCGUAUUACACCCCUCGGCAAAAGAUAGCAGAAUCACAGCCAAAAUUCAAAAUGUGCGCCUCCACCAUGGUUUACAACGUGGGCAAGUUCUUAAGAGAAUGGAUCAUGUACCAUUCAAAGAUUGGCGUGGAGAAGUUCAUAUUAUACGAUAAUGACAGUGAUGAUGAUUUGAUUAGCGUUGUUAACGAUCUUAAUCAAGAGGGUUACAACGUAGAAACGUUCUUAUGGCUAUGGCCGAAAACUCAAGAAGCUGGAUUUUCUCAUGCUGCAUUAUACGCAAAUGACUCAUGCAACUGGAUGAUGUUCAUAGAUGUUGAUGAAUUUGUGUUUUCACCAUCAUGGAAUGAUUCAAUUCAACCCUCUGAUCAAAUGCUAAACUCUUUGCUUCCAUCUUCUUCCCAUGCACACCACCACAUGAUCGGAGAAGUUGCGAUAAUGUGCAACGAAUUUGGUCCAUCGCAUCAAACGUCGCACCCGGCGGAGGGGGUGACACAAGGGUAUACAUGUAGAAGAAAGGCAGAGAAUCGGCAUAAGUCUAUAGUCUUAUUAGAAGCAAUUGAUGAAUCAUUGCUUACCGUGAUACACCAUUUUAGUUUAAAGCCAAGUUACAGAAUGAAGCGUUCGAGUUUGGAAGCUGCGGUGGUGAACCAUUACAAGUACCAAGCGUGGCCGGAGUUUCAGGCCAAGUUUAGGAGAAGGGUGUCUGCAUAUGUGGUGGAUUGGAUGAGUGCAUUGAACCCUUUGUCGAAGGACAGGACCCCAGGGUUAGGGCACGAAGCAGUGAAGCCACGAGGGUGGGAGAACAAGUUCUGUGAAGUGAGAGAUGAGAGGUUGAAGUUGCUGACAAAGAGAUGGUUUGGGACGGAAACAGGAACAGGAUACAAAAUGGCAUGGCAAAGUUGAUGUUUUUUUUUUGCCAAUUUACAAUUGGAGUUCAGUAAUUUGUAGCAUGAUUCUUCUUCUUCUUAAUUUUUGCCUUUUUCUGGCUUGUAUUAUGUUGGGAGUUGAAGACAUGUAACAAGGAAUGACCUGAGAAUUGAAUG